AUGAGGCGCUGGAGCUGGCUGUGGGGCGCGCUGCUGGUGGUGGUGAUGCUGGCGGGCGCGAGUGCGCAGAGCGCCGGCGAGGAGGGGCCGCUGAAGAAGCUGAUCAUCACUAGCAUAUCGAGGGAGGGUCUAUACCACGACAUCUUCGUCACGUCUCUCAUAAACACCAUGGAGUACUUCAACACCGACAAGAAGGUGCCGGGGUGGCGCGCUACAUAUGCCUUCAUCAAUGACAUCACAGACAUCGCGCGCGCCCGGAACUACGCGCUGAAGAUCUUGAUGGACAACAAGGAGGCCGCGGCGCUGCUGAUGAUCGACCACGACCACCAGUGGUCGCCCGAGCACGUCCACCGCUUCGUCACGAGCGGGAAGGACGUCGUCGGCGCGGCGUACCCGGCGAAGAAGAUCAAGUGGGAGCGCGUGCUGACGUUGGUGCGGCGCGGGUACAGCGACCAGAUGGCCCUGCUGGCGGCGCACGACUACGAGGUGCAGCUGAUUCAGGGGAACGACACGGACGCAGGUCCGAUCGGCCCGAAGAACUCGCCGUACGAGGACCACAAGUUCCCGCGCGACAAGCAGGGCUUCGUGAAGGUGCGCCGCAUCGGCACGGGGUUCCUCCUCCUGACGCGGGCGGCAGUAGAAACCAUGAUCGCGGCGUACCCGGAGACGAAGCACCUGGACCACACGGGGCCCGAGGUGCACGCGCUCUUCGACUACGCGCUGCGGCGGAUGCCCGGCGGCACCGUGGCGCGCAUGACGGAGGACUAUUUGUUCUGCGACCGAUGGCGGGCGAUCGGGGGGGUGGUGUGGGCUGACGCCACGAGGGGGGUCAACCACAAGGGGUACUACACGUACAAGGGCGAGAACUGGGUGUGGCCGGAGCUGGACUGGACGCCGCCCAUGGACAUGCCGUGA